UUGAUCAAACGUCGCGUUUACUCUAACGUUAAUUUAACUUCACUUUACGUUAACAUAACAUUAGUUUGGCUACCUAACAGGCAGCGUCUCUACCGUAGCAUUAGCAACGACGAUUAUUAACCAUUACCAAUUAAACGCCGAUCACGCCUGAGGUUAGCUGAAGUUACUUUGAAAGCUGUCAACUAGUUAGAUCGCUGAAGCUAAGUGUAGCUUAGUGGAGUCAGUCAGCUACGUUGUAGGUAUCUUAACAACGAUCCAGUUUGAAUCACUUGCCUUAACUCUGCCUUGUAUACCCUGCUAACAAAAGCUGAGGAAAUGUCCUCGUUUGAGAGGUUAGAUGCUCUGCGGGAGCGGAAUAAAGAUUUGCUGAAGCAGCUGAGGGAUAAGACGGAGAGGAUGCACAGUCUCACAGCGGGGUCCUUUCCGCCUUCCACGCGUGCAUCCGGGCGUAGUGGAGCUGCGGUGUCCCCGGUAACGGUAGCGCAGGAACCCGGGGCAGACACCGGCGGUGACGGAACCACAGCUGCGACGUUCAGCAGCGACGAACCGGGAGAGAGAGUGUCCGAGUCAUUGGUGACUGUGCCCGGGGUGGAGCUGGGCCCGGCCCGGGCUGCACUGGGCAGGCCUAGAGCUCAGCUCAACGCGGAGAGAGACCAGGAGGAAGCAGCGGCCUCUGACGCAGACAGCGCCUGCAGUUCCGCACCUCCACCGCAGAGCACGUGCCGUGGCUCACAGCCUGCAGGGGGCGCUGCAUACAGCGGGCUUCUGCAGGACCAUGGAAACAGGCGCACUGCACAGGCCCAAAGGGCAGGCCCCCAGGGGCCCAGACCCAUCCUGCUCAACCAGGACAGGGAGCAGAGAGAAGCAGGACGGGUGAAAUUCCAGGACCAGUUUGCGGAUCGUCAGCACCUGCGCCCCCUGCUGGGAUAUGACUGGAUUGCAGGCCUGCUCGAUGCGGAGAACUCCCUGACCGAGCGCUCCGAGCAGUUUUUCACUGAGCUGCGCAACUUCCGCCAGGUCAACCAGGAGGAGUGUGUCCACAGCCAGCGCGAAGGAGUCACAGAAGAUGAUAUUUCACCCUCUGAGCUGCUCGCCGAAGAAAGGAACCCAGAACUCCCUCCGGACACACACCAGUGCACAUUCUGCUACCGAAUCAACAGCCGCCUGUUCCCUGUCCCUCUGGAUCCUCAGAACGCCUGCCCGGUGUGCAGGAUUCCCAAAUCUCAGCACCCACACACUGCAUCAGAGCCAGCUUACAUCAGGGUGAGCAUCCCCCGCUCCACACUCCUGCCGGCGUACCGGUACAGAGCGCACCGCCGGCGCAGCUUUGACCCCUCCGACAGUCUGGGCCUGCCCUCGCACUGUCUGUCGGGCUGGUCCGGCAGACCCCCGGCCGCAGCCUCGCAGGUCGGCAGCCUGGAUCUGCGCAGCUGCGUGAGCGCUGUCCACUCCGCAGCCGUCCCGUCUGCGCAGCCCAACGAGGACCUCUCUACCUCCAGAGGGAGGGUGGGCCAGCGGUCUGAGGAGCUGAUGGGCGUGUCUCGUUUAACCCGCUCCCGUCUCCAGGGUGACCGGACAGAACCGCCCAGCACCACCGACUGGGUUUACUGAGAGAGCAAAAAACCCGUGAAGCGGCAUCCAACUGAGAUUCACCCAGCCACACACUGCAAACCACAACAUCUGCGAGGACUCGCUAAUAAUGCUACUGAAACCUUGCAUGCGGGGUAGUUAUUGGAACAUUAGCUGAAUUAUGGGACACCUCAUGAAAGAAGUACUCUAGAUAUAUCGCAGGUUUCAAAUCUGGACUGUCGCACUCAAGAUUAUGUCAG